UAUAUAAGACAGUGUUGUCGCAACUGCUUUUUAGUACUACUGCGGAAGACGAGAAGGAGCAACAGUACGCAAGCACAAGACAACAUUUUAACUGCGUUUCCUAAAAGAAAAAUCAUGCAGAUCUUUGUCAAAACUCUCACUGGCAAGACCAUCACCCUCGAGGUCGAGCCCAGCGACACCAUCGAGAAUGUUAAAGCUAAGAUCCAGGAUAAGGAAGGCAUCCCCCCAGAUCAGCAGAGGCUGAUCUUCGCCGGCAAGCAACUGGAAGAUGGCCGCACCCUGUCUGACUACAACAUCCAGAAGGAGUCCACCCUCCAUCUUGUCCUGCGUCUGAGAGGAGGCAUGCAGAUCUUCGUCAAGACCCUCACCGGCAAGACCAUCACCCUGGAGGUCGAGCCCAGCGACACCAUCGAGAACGUCAAGGCCAAGAUCCAGGAUAAGGAAGGCAUCCCCCCAGAUCAGCAGAGGCUGAUCUUCGCUGGCAAGCAGCUGGAAGAUGGCCGCACCCUGUCUGACUACAACAUCCAGAAGGAGUCCACCCUCCAUCUUGUCCUCCGUCUGAGAGGAGGCAUGCAGAUCUUCGUCAAGACCCUCACCGGCAAGACCAUCACUCUGGAGGUCGAGCCCAGCGACACCAUCGAGAAUGUUAAAGCUAAGAUCCAGGAUAAGGAAGGCAUCCCCCCAGAUCAGCAGAGGCUGAUCUUCGCUGGCAAGCAGCUGGAAGAUGGCCGCACCCUGUCUGACUACAACAUCCAGAAGGAGUCCACCCUUCAUCUUGUCCUCCGUCUGAGAGGAGGCAUGCAGAUCUUCGUCAAGACGCUCACCGGAAAGACCAUCACUCUGGAGGUCGAGCCCAGCGACACCAUCGAGAAUGUGAAGGCCAAAAUCCAGGAUAAGGAAGGCAUCCCCCCAGAUCAGCAGAGGCUGAUCUUCGCUGGUAAGCAGCUGGAAGAUGGCCGCACCCUGUCUGACUACAACAUCCAGAAGGAGUCCACCCUCCAUCUUGUCCUGCGUCUGAGAGGAGGCAUGCAGAUCUUCGUCAAGACCCUCACCGGCAAGACCAUCACCCUGGAGGUCGAGCCCAGCGACACCAUCGAGAAUGUGAAGGCCAAAAUCCAGGAUAAGGAAGGCAUCCCCCCAGAUCAGCAGAGGCUGAUCUUCGCUGGCAAGCAGCUGGAAGAUGGCCGCACCCUGUCUGACUACAACAUCCAGAAGGAGUCCACCCUCCAUCUUGUCCUCCGUCUGAGAGGAGGCAUGCAGAUCUUCGUCAAGACCCUCACCGGCAAGACCAUCACCCUGGAGGUCGAGCCCAGCGACACCAUCGAGAAUGUUAAAGCUAAGAUCCAGGAUAAGGAAGGCAUCCCCCCAGAUCAGCAGAGGCUGAUCUUCGCUGGCAAGCAGCUGGAAGAUGGCCGCACCCUGUCUGACUACAACAUCCAGAAGGAGUCCACCCUUCAUCUUGUCCUCCGUCUGAGAGGAGGCAUGCAGAUCUUCGUCAAGACGCUCACCGGCAAGACCAUCACCCUGGAGGUCGAGCCCAGCGACACCAUUGAGAACGUCAAGGCCAAAAUCCAGGAUAAGGAAGGCAUCCCCCCAGAUCAGCAGAGGCUGAUCUUCGCUGGCAAGCAGCUGGAAGAUGGCCGCACCCUGUCUGACUACAACAUCCAGAAGGAGUCCACCCUCCAUCUUGUGCUGCGUCUGAGGGCAAACAUGCAGAUCUUUGUCAAGACCCUCACCGGCAAGACCAUCACCCUCGAGGUCGAGCCUAGCGACACCAUCGAGAAUGUGAAGGCCAAGAUCCAGGAUAAGGAAGGCAUCCCCCCAGAUCAGCAGAGGCUGAUCUUCGCCGGCAAGCAGCUGGAAGAUGGCCGCACCCUGUCUGACUACAACAUCCAGAAGGAGUCCACCCUCCAUCUUGUCCUGCGUCUGAGAGGAGGCAUGCAGAUCUUCGUCAAGACCCUCACCGGCAAGACCAUCACCCUGGAGGUCGAGCCCAGCGACACCAUCGAGAACGUCAAGGCCAAGAUCCAGGAUAAGGAAGGCAUCCCCCCAGAUCAGCAGAGGCUGAUCUUCGCCGGCAAGCAACUGGAAGAUGGCCGCACCCUGUCUGACUACAACAUCCAGAAGGAGUCCACCCUCCAUCUUGUCCUGCGUCUGAGAGGAGGCAUGCAGAUCUUCGUCAAGACCCUCACCGGCAAGACCAUCACCCUGGAGGUCGAGCCUAGCGACACCAUCGAGAACGUCAAGGCCAAGAUCCAGGAUAAGGAAGGCAUCCCCCCAGAUCAGCAGAGGCUGAUCUUCGCCGGCAAGCAGCUGGAAGAUGGCCGCACCCUGUCUGACUACAACAUCCAGAAGGAGUCCACCCUCCAUCUUGUCCUGCGUCUGAGGGGAGGUCAAUAAAUGAUUCCAUGUUGUAACUUACAUUGCAUGACAACUUGAUCCAAUAAAAGCUGAGAUAAAUUUA